ACUAUUUCAAGAACAAGCUGAGCUGCGCUCUCCAUUGAUGAUAAAUCAAACUAAAUUUAUAUAACCUAACCAUGGCUACACAUUUCCAUAUAUAAAAAUACAAAUAAAUUGAUAAAUCUAAAUGAAAACUUCUAAAUAAAUUAUGCGUGUGAUUCCAAAGCGUUCAGCAAUAAGACGCGCUUUGGACAAGUGGCCUGGCAAGCAAUACUUUGGUGUCUAUCGCUUCCUUCCUCUCUUCUUUUGCCUUGGUGCUGCAUUAGAGUUUUCAAUGAUCAACUGGCAAGUUGGCAAAACAAACUUUUAUCAUACAUAUAAAAAACGCCAAGCAAAGAAUAUCCUUGAAAGAGAAUAUUACGAACAAAGUCAGCAAUCUUAAUAAAAUACUAGUUACAAAAUGCCGGCUGGUGUUGAUUGGCCAACAUACUUGAAGUUCACCACUGCUGCAUUACUUGCAAUGCUUGCCGGUUCCCAAACAGUUCACAUGUUCUACAAACCAUUGAAUGACAUGGAGAAAUAUGUAGCAGCAGAGCGAAAAUACUGGGAGAAUGAGAAACAAAAGCUACAAAACAAAGUCAGUUGAAGUUGAUGAUCAUAUGAGUAGAUUUUCGUAGUUGUUUACAGUGUAAUCAAGUCACUGGUACAGAUAAUGUAAAAAAUCAAAUAAAAAACUUAAUAACCUAAAA